UAGGGGGAAGUCAGCUGACAGCUGGUUGGUUAGUUUACUGCUCUAGUUAGCUAGAGCCGUGCUAGCCCAGUGUUUUUUUUCUCUCCAAACAGUUGGUCCGCACCGACUUCCCUCUGACUAUCUUAGAACGAAAACAGCUCAUGUUAGCCAGGAGGAGAAGUUCUGCGUUUUUUUCAGCUAGCUACUGAUCCACAUGACAGCUUGGAGCAUCCUGCUAGCCUAGGUUAGCAAGAUACACUGGGAAGAAGUCAGGUGAGGACCCGUGCCAUCAACCAUGGCAGGUGGAAUUACAGAGAGCGGGGAACCCUACUCCCCAUUUGUGGGGCUGGUGUAUAUGUUCAACCUGAUUGUGGGCACAGGAGCUUUGACGAUGCCCAAAGCCUUCGCUACAGCCGGUUGGGUGGUUAGUUUAUCACUCAUCGCCUUUUUAGGAUUUAUGAGCUACAUGACCACCACGUUUGUGAUCGAGGCGAUGGCGGCGGCCAACGCUCAGCUGCGCUGGAAGAGAAGAGAGCAGGAAGAGGUACGUGACAGCGACUCCACCUCGGAAUACUCAGAUGAUGAUGUCAUGGUGCGAGGCCGAUCGGAGCCGGAAACCAAGCCUAUCUUGUCUGUCCGUGAGUAUCAGAGAUCCGGGGGUCACGUCGAUCAAUUCGACAUCGUGGAGCGGGUUGAGAUGGGCCAAAUGGCUUCCAUGUUCUUCAACAAAGUUGGCAUCAAUAUGUUCUACAUCUGCAUCAUAGUCUAUCUGUACGGAGACCUGGCCAUCUACGCAGCCGCUGUGCCUAUAUCACUAAUGGAAGUCGCCUGUGGAAACCACUCCUGCAGCGCUGGAAGUGUGAAGUACAACGACACGGAUUCCUGCUGGGGUUCUGUCUCGAGGAAAGAUGCAUACCGGGUGUUUCUGGGCGUCUUCACUGUCAUGUUGGGACCUUUCACCUUCUUCAACGCCCAAAAGACCAAAUAUCUGCAGAUUCUCACCUCACUCAUGCGCUGGAUUGCGUUCACCAUGAUGAUCAUCUUGGCUCUAAUCCGCAUUGGCAAAGGCACCGGCGAGGGCCGCCCGCCAGUCGCCUCCUUCUCUGGGGUGCCCAACCUGUUUGGGGUGUGCGUCUACUCCUUCAUGUGUCAACACUCCCUGCCCUCGCUGGUGACGCCCAUCUCUGACAAGAAACGUGUGGGCACCCUGGUGUUGGCGGACUAUACCCUGAUCCUGGGUUUCUACGUGCUCCUCUCAUUCACCGCCAUCUUCUGCUUCGACAGCUCGCUGCUGCACGACAUGUACACCCUGAACUUCACAGACAACUGCAACGUGUUAGAUAUUCCGAUACUGCGCUACUUCUUGGGCCUGUUCCCAGUUUUCACCAUCAGCACCAACUUCCCCAUCAUCGCCGUCACACUUCGCAACAACUGGAAGACCCUGUUCCACCGGGACGGAGGCACCUACCCGUGGGUGGUGGACCGCGUUGUGUUUCCCCUCAUUACCCUGGUGCCCCCAAUUGUGGUGGCCUUCUGCACCCACAACUUGGAGUCCCUGGUGGGCAUUACGGGAUCCUAUGCCGGCACAGGGAUCCAGUACAUUGUCCCAGCCUGCCUUGUGUAUUUGUCUCGACGCCAUCUGGAGCCCGUGGUGGGCAGGGAUGCCGUCAACAAGCACCGGUCUCCCUUCCGCCACGCCUUUUGGGUGUGGUUUGUUUUGGCUUGGGCCGGCUCCUGCCUCAUAUUCGUCACAGCCAACAUCAUCCUGACUGACACCAGCAAAUGAGAACUCACUGGUCCAAGAACUUU